UUUCACCGGAAUAGCGUCUCCUUACGACCGGAAGGGGCUGUGCGUGAGGGCGUUGGGGGCGGAAGUGACGGGAAGGUGGUAGCGGGGUAGUUGGCGGGUGGUUGAGCAGAGCCGGUCGCCAUGUCCGCGGGGAGCGCGACACAUCCCGGGGCCGGCGGGCGCCGCAGCAAAUGGGACCAACCCGCUCCGGCCCCCCUCCUCUUCCUCCCACCGUCGGCCCCAGGCGGGGAGGUUCCCAGCAGUGGGGGAAGCCCUGGGGGCUCCGCGGCUGCUCCCUCUGGCGCCUUGGAUGCUGCUGCUGCUGUGGCCGCCAAGAUCAAUGCCAUGCUCAUGGCCAAGGGGAAGCUGAAGCCGGCCCAGAACGCUGCUGAGAAGCUUCAGGCUGCCGGCAAAGGGCUCACCAGCAGUAAAAGCAAGGAUGACCUGGUGGUAGCUGAGGUCGAGAUCAACGACGUGCCUCUCACGUGCCGGAACCUGCUGACUCGAGGGCAGACUCAGGACGAGAUCAGCCGACUUAGUGGGGCUGCCGUGUCAACUCGAGGGAGAUUCAUGACGGCUGAGGAGAAGGCCAAAGUGGGACCAGGGGAUCGUCCGUUAUACCUUCACGUUCAGGGCCAGACACGGGAAUUAGUGGACAGAGCCGUAAACCGAAUCAAAGAAAUUAUCACCAACGGGGUGGUCAAAGCUGCCACGGGGACGAGUCCAACUUUCAAUGGUGCGACAGUCACUGUGUAUCACCAGCCAGCGCCCAUCGCACAGUUGUCUCCAGCCGUCAGCCAGAAGCCUCCCUUCCAGUCAGGGAUGCAUUACGUUCAAGACAAGUUAUUUGUGGGUCUGGAGCAUGCUGUGCCCACCUUCAAUGUCAAGGAGAAAGUGGAAGGUCCAGGCUGCUCCUAUUUGCAGCACAUUCAGAUUGAAACGGGCGCCAAAGUCUUCCUCAGAGGCAAAGGCUCGGGCUGCAUCGAGCCGGCGUCCGGUCGAGAAGCUUUCGAACCUAUGUACAUUUACAUUAGUCACCCCAAACCAGAAGGCCUGGCCGCCGCCAAGAAGCUUUGUGAGAACCUCUUGCAAACAGUUCAUGCUGAAUACUCUAGAUUUGUGAAUCAGAUUAAUACUGCUGUGCCCUUACCAGGCUAUACACAACCCUCUGCUCUAAGUAGUGUCCCUCCUCAGCCACCAUAUUAUCCAUCCAAUGGCUAUCAGUCUGGUUACCCUGUUGUUCCCCCUCCUCAGCAGCCGGUUCAGCCUCCCUACGGAGUCCCAAGCAUAGUGCCACCAGCGGUCUCUCUGGCACCUGGAGUCUUGCCAGCAUUACCUACGGGAGCCCCCCCUGUGCCAACACAAUACCCGAUAGCGCAAGUCCAGCCCCCCGCUGGCGCUGGCCAGAGUCCGAUGAGUGGGCCUUUCAUUCCUGCUGCUCCUGUCAAAACUGCCUUGCCUGCGGGCCCCCAGCCCCCACCCCCGCCCCCGCCCCCACUCCCAGCUCAGCCCCAGGCGCAGAAGAGGCGAUUCACAGAGGAGCUGCCAGAUGAACGAGAGUCUGGACUUCUUGGAUACCAGCAUGGACCCAUUCAUAUGACUAAUUUAGGUACAGGCUUCUCCAGUCAGAAUGAGAUCGAAGGUGCAGGAUCGAAGCCGGCAAGUUCCUCAGGCAAAGAGCGAGAGAGGGACAGGCAGUUGAUGCCUCCACCAGCCUUCCCAGUGACUGGAAUGAAAGCGGAGUCUGAGGACAGGAAUGGGUCUGGGGCCGGCGCAGGGGGCCACGAUUAUCCGGUCAAGAAGAUGAAAACUGCAGAGAAGGGCUUCGGGUUGGUGGCGUAUGCUGCAGAUUCGUCUGACGAAGAAGAGGAGCACGGGGGUCAUAAAAAUGCAAGUAGUUUUCCACAGGGCUGGAGUCUGGGGUAUCAGUACCCUUCAUCGCAACCACGAGCUAAACAGCAGAUGCCGUUCUGGAUGGCCCCAUAGGAGACAGCGGAACGGAGCUUUGACCCUCGGUGACUCUCUUUAGCAAUAAUGCAUGCAUUUGAUUUAAUAAGACUCUGGGGCCUGUACUGGGAACCAUCAUGGACCUUUGCAGAAGUUAGAGAUGCAGUGUCCCCUUUCUUAAAGGGGUCUCUUUUUUAAACGUCCUUGUUUCUGCAGUGGCAUAGUAUCUUAAAAUUUACUUAGAAUCACAAACUUGUCUCAGAAGCUCUUUAAACGUCGGUGAAAUGUGGUUGCCCAGUGCGUCCCAGCAGGGCCUCCAGUGUACAGUCGACCUGUGCAGCGUCCCAGCAGGGCCUCCAGUGUACAGUUGACCUGUCCAGCCUCUUCCACAGGAAUGACCCCAGUUCUGACAAAAAGAAAGUUUUCUUUGUAGUUUACUACUGUUUGGUCCAUUUUGCUGACAACUGGUUACAAACAAAGCCUUCCUGUGUAUUAGUGUGGAGAUGAUUUUAAGUCCAUCCUUCCCUUUCUGCACCUUUAAGAACAGUUCAUCCUUAUUUGAUUUUUGCAUUCUUUUCUGUUUUGGAAAAUGCAGUUUUACUAAUUUAAAGCUGUUGGAUUUAGCUGGAUCCUGCGUAGGAAAAUGGAGGGUUUUCCCCUUCAUUAUGUCUUUUUAUUGGGAUGAUACGAAGCAGGCACCCGCAGCCUCUCUAGUCCCGGAAAGUCAUUGCAGUUUUUAUUGCCCUUUUCAUAAGCUCCGUGUCUUCAGCUGGGUCCGAGAAAACUGCUUGAUCCAAAGCUGGUCAGAACUCAGCACAGAAGUGAAACACAGUGGUCUGUCUCAGAACUGGUCGCAGCCAAAGUAGAGAUUUGACUGCUCACGAUAGGACGGAUGGUGGACUUAGUGACCGAAAUGGCAACUUGUCCUUUUUCUUGGCAUGACAUUACAGGUUUUGCCAAAAGAACUUUUUUGUAUCAAAUACUGAUGUGUGAAAGGAGGAGCUAGUCUGCUGAACCGGGAGUAGUUUGGGAUACGAACUGUCAGUUUUUGCACAUUUGAAUCCUUUGCAGGCUGGCUUUGUAUAAACAUAUUCUCUGGUUUCCUAUAUGUUGUAAAUACUUAGACCAUAAUUUCAUUAUAAAUAAAUGUAUAAAUACUC